UUUGUUGUUGUUACUAUAAAUAAUUUUAUAUUUUUUUAAGAUUAUUUUUGACUUUACUAUUUUUUUAAAAUAUUUGGAUAUGGGAAAUAUUUUGCCUUGUUGUAAAUCAGCAAAUUGGGCAGCAAUUGACCGAACAAAUAUUAAAAGACAAAAACGCUUUGAAGAAGCUAAACGAAAUGUUGAUGAAUAUGGACAGGAUCCAAGUGAAAGAGAAAAAAUUAGAGGAAUGUCAUUAACAGAAUUACAAAAAGCACUUCGAAAUGAAGAAUUAACAGCUACACAAACACUUUACGCCUUUGCAUAUUAUGCAUUGGAAGUGAAUGACAAAAUUAAUUGUAUUGCUGAAUUUUUUAAUGAAUCUUUUGAGGAAGCCAAAAAGCUUGACAAGGAAUUUGAGAAGAAGGAGAAACCUCCACUUUUUGGGCUUCCAUUUAGCGUUAAAGCUAAUUUUUUUAUAAAAGGUUAUGAUUGUUGUAUUGGAAAUGCUCGUUUGUUGGAUAAUCCACGUACAAAAGACUGCACUUUUAUUACAUUACUUCGCCAACUUGGUGCCGUUCCAUUUUGCUACACAAAUGUGCCACAGACUUUAAUUAGUUUUGCUUGCUCAAAUCCUGUUUAUGGGACUACUAAGAAUCCUUAUAAUGCUUUGAGAACUCCAGGCGGCUCUUCUGGAGGUGAAGCUGCACUUCUGGCUGCCCGUGGCACAGCAUUUGCAACUGGUGGUGAUGUAGGCGGUUCUUUGCGUAUUCCUGCCCAUUUUUGUGGAGUUACUACUUUAAAGCCUUGCCAAGCUCGUUUCCAAAUUCAACAAGCAUUUCAAGGUUUGCCUGGUAUUGGACGAUUAGGAUUGGGAACUGGAGUUUUUGCACAUACAGCGGAGGAAUUAACAUUUUUGCUUACCCAUAUACUUGGAAAUGUAGAAUAUCAUAAACUUGUGCCUGAAAGUAUUCCUCUUCCUCUAAAUUUGCAAAAAAUGGAAGAAUUUGAGCGACGUUGGGAAGCUAAACAAUUACGGAUUGUUGUGCGCGUGUUGUUGAGCGUUGUGUUGAAAUUUUGCGAUCUUCGGGACAAGAAAUGGUUUAUUUCCCAAUUCCUGAACCAGAAAAAGCUGAUACCUCUUUGUGUUCGUUGGUUACUUGCUUUUAUUUUUGACAUUUUCAGUCCUCAAUUGGCAAUUCUUAUGCGUGCUUAUGUUCGUACUCCAAAUGAUGUCCGUCAAUCGCAAGAACAACUUGAUGAAUAUUUCACUGAACAAUGGUUGGCUUCUGAUUUAGAUUUGUUGAUUGUUCCUGCUUUUUCUUUUCCUGCAAUUCCUUAUGAUGCGUGCAGUGAUCUUGCUGCUGCGGCAUUCGAAACUGGCUUAUAUAAUAUGCUCGAUUAUCCUGUUGGGUGUUUACCUGUUGACAAAGUAACAUCUGAAGAUGAUAAAGCACUUGCAGACGAAACUCAAUGGGCAACAAAUUGGAAUCCUAUCCUAAAAAGAAUUCGUUACGCAGCAGCAAAUUCUGUCGGUUUGCCUGUUAAUGUUCAAAUUGUUGGGUUGCCUUUUGAGGAUGAAAAAUGCUUGGCUUUAAUGCGUAUUUUAGAAAAGAAAUUAAUGGACACCAAAAAUGACUCGUAA